AUGAAGAAAACUUCAGGGUUGUUCUUGGGUUCUUUGAGAGACAAGGAGUUGUAUGCCAAGUUCUUUAAGUGUGUGUUUAGGCUUGAGUCUGUAUCAUUCUUGGGCCAUGUAGUGUCGAAAGAGGAGAUUAUGGUUGAUCCUAAGAAGAUUGAGGCAGUGAGAGAUUGGGCUAAGCCUACAUCAGUGAUAGAGAUUCGCAGCUUUGUGGGGUUAGCCACAGAUGGGAUGAGUAGGAAAUCUGCUAAUAUGGGUAGCUUGGCUCGGUUGAUUGUUUCAGAGUAUCCAUUGGCUAUAGAGGUUCAGACUCUGGUUAAUAGUUUCAUGAGGCUUGAUGUGUCCGAUUUAGGUAGAGUGUUGUCUUGUGUUGAGGCGAGAUCGUCCUUUCUGAAGAAAAUUAUGGCAAAGCAGUUCGUGGAUGCAAGUUUGUACAAGAUUCGCGACAAGGUUGUGAUUGGUGAAGCCAAGGAGGCCAUGAUUGACAGUGGGGGUGUUUUGAGGAUUAAGGGGCGUGUCUGUGUCCCUCUUGUUGAUGACUUGAUUAGGAUGAUUUUAGAGGAUGCUCACAAUUCUAGAUAUUCUAUUCAUCCUGGUCCUACUAGGAUGUAUAGAGAUUUCAGGCUACACUAUUGGUGGGCUGGGAUGAAGCGUGAUAUUAUUGAGUUUGUUUCACAUUAUUUAAAUUAUCAGUAG